AUUCUCAAAUAAAAAUAUGGAUACUUCGGGGGGGGCCACCCCACUAUCUGAGAAGUACUGUCCUAAAGGUACAAAGAUGAAUUCUUUCUAUUUCAAUGAGUUCUUCUCUGCUGUUUCAGGUCCGACCAGCUGGAUUUCCGUCGCGGGACACACCGGCAAAAGAAACACGGGGCGGGUUUCAGACCAGCGGGCGCAGUUGGUGCACACAGCCGUGUUUUAGCAGGGAAACUGGGGUCCAAGGUGCGCACUGAGCCGCCUAUGAUACCAACCACACGGAUGGAAAGAACUUUGAUGUUCAACCCUCACAGAGUUUUACAAAGGAGGCUGAGAGUAGAGACAGAUUGGCAGUUUAUAUUAUAAUUUAGCAGAGUUGAAAAGAUCCGAUACACGGACAGCCGUCAGCCCAAAACCGCAUAACCGUAGGGACAAAAAGGAACAGGGAGAGUUUUAGGAACAGGUCUAGCACCCUCUGCACACCUGGCAGCGAGCGGGUGCGUGAAGAUGUCCAGAGAGGAGCACAGCUUGUCAGACGUCGAGCUCAGCCCGAGCAUGUCGGACGACAGUCGUUCCCGAUCGCCCGGCCGCUCUUCCGCCGCAACCGGCAGGGGCGAGUCGCCUCUUCGCAGGCGAGGGCUGCCGGCGGGCGCGGACAACGGAGCGGGCGGGAACCCCGCCGAGAAAUCCGACGAGGAGGACGAGCGCUUCACGGCGGGUAUCCGUGACGCCGUGAGCCAGGUGCUCAACUGCUACGACUGGACGCUGGUACCCGUGCCCGUGCGCGUCAACAGCGGGAGCAAGAGCAAGCCGCACGUCAAGAGACCCAUGAACGCCUUCAUGGUGUGGGCACAGGCGGCCAGGAGGAAACUGGCAGACCAGCACCCGCACUUGCACAACGCCGAGCUCAGCAAGACCCUGGGGAAGCUCUGGAGGCUUCUCAACGAGAGUGAUAAGCGACCGUUCAUCGAGGAGGCAGAGAGACUGAGGAAGCAGCACAAGAAGGACUAUCCUGACUACAAAUAUCAGCCACGACGCCGCAAGAACGGAAAGAUGGGUUCCGGGUCAGGAAGUGACGCUGAUGGUCAUUCGGAGGGUGAGAUCAGGCACAGCCAACCCAUCUACAAUGGCCUCCAUCUGGAUGUGGCCCUCGCAAGGGGACCUGGGUCCCCUCCGGCAGAUAGGCACCACCCACACGCUGCAGGUCAGAGCCAUAGUCCACCUACACCCCCAACCACACCCAAGACCGAGCCCCAGUCUGGGAAGGCCGGGAAUGGCAAGAGGGCCUUUGGCAAUAGUGUGAUCUCCCGUGGCCCGAUGGGAGCAGAAGGUAGUUCAGGUGCCGCAGGGCCUGUGAAGCCUCAUAUUGACUUUGGCAUUGUCGACAUAGGUGACAUGAGCAGCGAGGUGAUUGAGCCUUUUGAUGUCAACGAGUUUGACCAGUACCUACCCCCCAAUGGCCACCCAGGGGUUGGACAGAUCGCAGGGUCAGGAGCCGCCACGCCUGCCACAACCGCAUCCCAAUACCCAUACGGAAUCUCCUCAGCUCUGGCAGCGGCCAGUGGACACUCGGCAGCCUGGCUGUCCAAGCAACAGCCGCAACACCACAGCUCCCCUUCCAGCUCAGACCCCUCCAAAGCCCAGAUCAAGAGCGAGGCCGUCAGUGCUGGUGGUCACUUUUCAGAGGCAGAUUCAGCCGGUUCUCAUGUCACCUACGCCCCGCUGAGCCUCCCUCACUACAGCUCUGCCUUCCCAUCCCUGGCCGCAAGGGCUCAGUUUGCCGAGUACGCCGACCAACAAGCGUCAGGGUCCUACUACGCUCACUCCAGCCAGGCAGGGUUAUACUCCGCCUUCUCCUACAUGGGGCCCACCCAAAGGCCCAUGUACACUGCCAUCAGUGACCCGGCCAGUGUGCCGCAGUCACACAGCCCCACACACUGGGAGCAGCCGGUCUACACGACACUGUCGCGGCCAUGACAGACAACAAAACCAGAGGGCACUGGUGCAGGUCCGGCUCCCACGUCCAACCCGAGAAGCAGCAGCCGUGUUGGGGUUGAAAGUGGUCUGGGCCAAGGGGAUUGGGCUGGCACCAGGGGAGGCGGCGGGGAGGAAACCCCGCUCUGCUCUCGCCCGGACGCAGAAAUGCUGUCGCAGGUGAAGGAUGAGUUUGGAGAAUGGUACUUUUGAGGCGGAUUACUUUGGUGGCAGAAACAUCCGCCCUGGCAUGUACCAGAUUACAUUUUCAGCAAGUGUCUACCGCUCCGAACACAACAAACAGCAGCGAUUGAGGUUUAUAGUUAGGUGAUUCUAGGCUUCACCAGGGCAACCAUGCUGCCCAACACCCGUCGAAGAAAGAGAAAAAACUAAACCAGGUUCUCAUGGUUCACUCUGCGAGAAGGUGUCAUUUUUAAAACCUUGACUCAUCGUUCAACAUGUUUGAUUGUUUGGAUGAUGUACAAGAAGAAUGGAGUGCCAAAGUCUUGCUAGCUCAUUCAGAUCUCAGGCGCAAGUAAGCGUUCAUCCAGCAGAUGUUGGCCUUUCAGCAAACCGUCACGCUAACGGUGUCGCUUUAAUCGGCACAUUUGUUCUUGUUCCUGGUCCUUCUUGUUUUUUGUGUGCGCUUUCUCCACUCUGAAUAAGCAUAAGGAGCGUUUUACUUCCGUACUUACACUUUAUUAAGUAUACUACGUACACCGAUCAUUGUACACCAUGUACUUACGUUGUUCCUAAGGACGAUCAUUGUACACUGUGUACUUAGUUCCUAAGGACGAUCAUUGUACACCGUGUACCUAGUUCCUAAGGACGAUCAUUGUACACAGUGUACUUAGUUCCCAAGGACGAUCAUUGUACACUGUGUACUUAGUUACCAAGGACGAUCAUUGUAUACCGUGUACUUAGUUCCUAAGAACGAUCAUUGUAUACCAUGUACUUAGUUCCUAAGAACGAUCAUUAUACACUGUGUACUUAGUUCCUAAGGAUGAUCAUUGUACACCGUGUACCUAGUUCCUAAGAACGAUCAUUGUAUACCAUGUACUUAGUUACCAAGGACGAUCAUUGUAUACUGUGUACUUAGUUCCUAAGGACGAUCAUUGUACACUGUGUACUUAGUUCCUAAGGACGAUCCUUGUACACCGUGUACCUAGUUCCUAAGGACGAUCAUUGUACACAGUGUACUUAGUUCCUAAGGACGAUCAUUGUAUACCAUGUACUUAGUUCCUAAGAACGAUCAUUAUAUUUAUCUGCUUCCUCUUCUUUCUUUUUUAAUCGUUUGUCCCUCUCUUUCCGCUACGUAGCCAAGAUUAGGGCUGGGCGAUACGACUGAAAAAAGUAUCACGAUAUUUGUGUUUUAUAUCGGUGAUUAUAGAUAAUUAUUGAUAUUUUUAUGACCUAUCGAAAAUAACUUCUUUUUUUUGACACUGAAUUUAUGUAACUGAUUUUUUUGCGUUUGGAUUUUGUAAACUGACAUUUUUUUACAAUCCAAUAUCAUUGAAACAAUUCAGUGUUUUAAAGUUCAGUGUAUAAAAAUUCUGUGUAAAAAAAAAUUAAGUGUAAAAAAAAUUCAGUGUAUAUAAAUGUUUAAAAAAAUUCAGUAUAAAAUCAUUUAGUGUAAAAAAAAAAUCUGUUUCAAAAUUCAGUGU